CUCUUCUUUGUUGCAGGUCACGAGCAUGCCUGAAAAUGUCCACACCACGGGAAAGGCUGGUCGAUGAAGUAGGCAAGAAGAUCAAGAGGGAAGCCGAUGCCGCCGCCGACAGUAUGGCUCGCCGGCAGCAGCAGCUGCUCGGCCCCGCCGGAGCCCUGAACCGGAUAACGCCCUGCUCCGCCUGCAAGCUCUUGCGGCGGCGGUGCGCGCAGGAGUGCCCCUUCUCGCCCUACUUCUCCCCUCACGAGCCGCAGAAGUUCGCGUCCGUCCACAAGGUCUUCGGCGCCAGCAACGUCUCCAAGAUGUUGAUGGAGGUGCAGGAGAGCCAGAGAGCCGACGCGACGAACAGCCUCGUCUACGAGGCGAACAUCCGUCUGAGGGAUCCGGUCUACGGCUGCAUGGGGAUCAUCUCCUCCCUGCAGCAGCAGGUGCAAGCCCUAGAAGCCGAGCUGACGGCCGUGCGAGGGGAGAUCAUCAAGUGCAAGUACAGACAAGCCGGCGCCGCCGCCGCCGCCGGAGUAGCAGCAGCAAUCCUCCCCGCACCUCCCUCCUCCUCCUCCGGCCAGAUGAUGAUCUCGGUCGCCGCACUCCCGCCGCCGUGGCCGGCCAGAGCUCCAGCCUCCUCCUCCUCCUCCUCCAUGGAUUACAGCUCGAUCACAAACGAAAACAUAUCGUUCUUCGGGUAAAUUAAUUAUCUUUAUGGAUUAAUUAAGCUACCAACGAAAAGAUAUCAUGCAUGAAGAACAUCCACGCAUGUUGCAUGAUCCUUCUUCUUCUUCUUCAAUUUUUUUAUUUUUAUUUUUGUUAUUGUUCUUGAUGAAUUGUACUAUUUC